AUGGCCACCGCCGCCUCCGCCUCCGCCUUCCUCUUCCACGCCCCGCCGCGCGGCCACCACCACCACCACAAGCCCAAGCCCGCCUCCAGGCCCACCACCACCCUCUGCUCCGCCGCGCCCUCCUCCACGCCGUCCCUCGCCGACCAGCUGGAGCCGCUCUCGCGCACGCUGCUCACGGACAAGCCCACCCCCGCCGCCGACCGCGCGCAGCGCCCCACCCCGGAGCCCACCUGGGUCAACCCCUCCAGGCCGCGCCCCACCGUGCUGUCCCUCCGCCGCCAGCGCCGCCGCCCGGCCGCCUCCCACCCCUCCUCGGCGCCGCUCCAGCCGCUGCUCCGCGACCUGCGCGCGCUCCCGGAGGACGCCGACCUGGCGCCCACCCUCAGCGCCUUCUUCCCGCUCCCGGGCUCCCCGCCCACCUCCUCCGACGCGCUGCUCCUCCUCAACUACCUCCACCCGUCCUGGCGCAAGACGCUCUCCCUCCUCGCCUACCUCCGCGCGCUCCCCGCCGACGCCGGCUUCGCCGUCGACACCAUCCUCUUCAACGUCGCCCUCAAGUCGCUCCGCGCCGCGCGCCGCUGGGACGAGGCGGAGCGGCUGGCGCUCGACAUGCUCGACUCCGGCGUCCCGCUCGACAACAUCACCUACUCCACCCUCAUCACCGCCGCCCGCCGCUGCCGCCAGUUCGCCAAGGCCGUCGAGUGGUUCGAGCGCAUGUACUCGCCCGGCAGCGCCGUGCUCCCCGACGAGGUCACCUACUCCGCCGUCCUCGACGUCUACGCGCAGCUCCGCAUGAAGGAGGAGGUGCUGGCGCUCUUCGACCGCGCCCGCGGCAGCGGCUGGAAGCCCGACCACGUCGCCUUCGCCGUGCUCGCCAAGAUGUUCGGCGAGGCCGGCGACUACGACGGCAUCCAGUUCGUCUUCAAGGAGAUGCGGGAGGUCGGCAUCAAGCCCAACAUCUUCGUCUACAACGCGCUGCUCGAGGCGCUCGGCAAGACCGGCAAGCCCGGGCUCGCCCGCAACCUGUUCGAGGAAAUGACCGCCGAGGGCGUCGAGCCCAACGCGCGCACGCUCACCGCCGUGGCCAAGAUCUACGGCCGGGCGCGCUGGGGACGCGACGCGCUCCAGCUCUGGGACCAGAUGCGCGAGAGGAAGAUCCCCGCCGACAGCAUCCUCUGCAACACGCUGCUCAGCAUGUGCGCCGACGUGGGGCUCGUGGCCGAGGCCGAGCAGCUCUUCGAGGAGAUGAAGGACCCGGACCUCACCGACGUCCCCCAGCCGGACAAGUGGAGCUACACGGCCAUGAUCAACAUCUACGGGAGCAUCAAGGACGCCGACCGCGCGCUCCAGCUGUUUGUGGAAAUGCUCCAGAGCGGCAUAGAGGCCAACAUCAUGAGCUACACCAUCGUGAUCCAAUGCCUCGGCAAGGCGAACAGGAUACGGGACGCCGUGGAGGUGCUCGAGGCGGGGCUGGAGAGGGGCCUCAAGCCCGACGACCGGCUAUGCGGGUGCCUGCUCUCCGUCGUCGCACUAAGCAGCGGCGAGGAGACGGAGCUGGUGCUCGGCUGCCUUGAGAAGUUCAAUGGAAACCUGGUCAAGCUGAUCAGGAUGCUCGGGGAUGACCAGGUGGGCACCGACGAGCUCAAGGAGCAGCUGAGGGCCGUGCUGAACGCCGCGGAGACCGAGGUGCGCCGGCCCUACUGCAACUGCCUUAUCGACAUAUGCCAGAACCAUGGCCUCCCCGCCCGGAGGCCGAGGGAGCUCUUCCGGCUCGCACAGUGCUACGGCCUCUACUCCAAGCUCCACAUCAGGAAAGACGACGAGUGGCUGCUAGACCUGCGGUCCCUCUCAGUCGGCGCUGCCAAGACGGCGUUCGACGACUGGAUGGCGGCCCUCUCAGAGCGCGCCGCGCAGGGCCAGACCCUACCACAGUCCUUCAACGUGUUCACCGGGUCCAGCACCCACAAGUUCGCGCAGGGGCUGGCGAGCGCCUUCGCCGCCCACCUCGAGGAGGCGGCGGCACCGUUCCGUCCCAGCGAGUCCCAGGUCGGCAGCUUCGUCAGCUCCAGGGAUGAGCUAGUGCAGUGGCUGCAGACGAGCAGUUCAUCGUCUCCGGUCGUGGGAUGA